UGUAAAGCCUAAACAGGAAGCUGAAUUUUCCCACUUCUUCCACUCUCUCCCUCCUAGUCCCAGUAUGAAUACCGUGAAAAAGGUUCUUUUGUUCUUAGUCUUGGGCAGUUUCUCUGCAUUUUUGACAAUUGGCAGAUCAACUGCUGAGCUGAUAACUUCUCUCCCUGGACAGCCUUCUAAUGUUACCUUCAAGCAAUAUUCAGGUUACAUUGUUACAGAUGCUCAACAUGGCCGAGCUCUUUUCUAUUAUUUCGUCAAAGCUGAUUCAGGAAAUCCGCUCUCACAUCCCCUGACAGUAUGGCUAAAUGGCGGCCCUGGUUGUUCUUCUCUUGGAUUUGGUGCAUUCAUGGAAAAUGGUCCUUUUCAGCCUGGAAAUGCAGGCCUCCUGUUAAGAAAUAAGUAUUCAUGGAAUUCAGCAUCAAACAUGUUGUAUGUGGAAUCACCUAUUGGAGUUGGGUUUUCAUACUCAAACACAAGUUCAGACUACAUCAAUUGGAAUGAUACAACAACUGCUUGGGAUAAUCUGCAAUUUCUCUUGAACUGGUUCAAGGAAUUCCCUCAACACAGAGAUUCGGAUCUGUACUUAACUGGGGAGAGUUAUGCAGGUCACUAUAUACCACAGCUUGCAAUGCUGUUGCUAGAGUACAACAGACAACUGAAUAACAAACCUAUCAAGCUCAAAGGAAUUGCACUGGGAAAUCCACUGCUAGACAGCGAGAUCAGCAUUGAUGCUAGUGAAUUCCUUUGGUCACAUGGAGUAAUUUCUGAUGACAUGCUUGCAAUGAAGAAAACAGUCUGUAAUGACUCGAGGUACUUUGUGGAGAGAAUCCAUAAAAAUCUAUCCAAGGAUUGCCUGGAUAUGUAUGGAACCAUGAGAGAGGAGGUUGGAAAUGAUACUGAUCCUGGCGAUCUUAUCAUGCCUCCAUGUUUAUCCCCGACUACACAAUCAACUUUUCUGGGAGGUCCUGCUGAUGCAAAGGUUGCAAAGAAAAUUGCAGUUGGUGAUCCCUGUCUAGGUGAUAGGAUAUAUGCAUACCUCAACAAACCUGGAGUUCAGAAAGCUUUACAUAUCAAAACAACUCGAUUUCCAGCUGUCUGGGACUUUUGUUCAGGGCCGCUGGACUACCAAGCUGAUAAUAUGGCUGCUAACAUCAUACCUCUCUUGUCAGGGAUUCUUAGAGAGAACAUCCGCAUUCUACUUUUCAGUGGAGAUCAAGACUCAAAAAUCCCACUAACACAGACAAGGAAAAUUGCAAAUUGGUUGGCCAAAGAUCUAGAGCUGACAGCUUUUGGGAGAUAUGGUCCUUGGUAUGAUGGCUUGCAGGUUGGGGGCUGGAGUCAAUCAUUUGGUGGAUUAGAGAAGAGUAAAAACAAUACACACUUGACAUAUGCUACCGUUAAGGGAGCAGCUCAUGAAGUCCCCUUCACUUCUCCCUCCCAAGCUCUCACACUCUUCAAAGCAUUUCUAAGUGGACAUCCUCCCCCAAGAACCAGUAAUGUUUGAGUCGAAAAUUGCUGGGUUGAGUGCUGUGCUGUAGGUUGCUAUUCAAGAUGGAAGCUUUUGCUUCGGAUUUUAACUUACCAAGUCAGCUAAAUGUGCAGUUUCGCUGUGAUGAUACGGCAUGCAGAGCAACGAACAUGAAUAAUACUACGCUGCUCCAAUCAGAAGAUUGAAGAAAAUUGUUGCAACAACAAUAAUGUAUGCUAUCGUCUUCAGGGGAUGCCAAAUAACAAAUGCAUUCAAAACCUAGUAACUUGUAUAUGAUAGCUGUUGAAUUCAAACCAACGGCCCCAAUUUCUGGCCCCUUGUAUCCUCACCCUGUUACGAGGUUCGCAAUAUCGGGCAAGUCGUAACUGAAACGGAGGGACCAGUACGACACCAAUCCUCGAAUCGCGGAUAUUACCAUAUCCACGACGACUCGCUCUAACUCGACCGAUAUUGGUCGAUUCGAAUCUGUGAUGCAUGAUA